AUGACGAUGCUCAGUUUGGAUCAUAACGCGAAGGGGAUUGACAUGCGGAUCUGGCCGACUACCACGCAAAUCAGCAACCUGGGUACUAUUCUUGUCAAUAACAGCGUGACGGCGUUUAUACUUGGAACUCGAACUUUUAAGUUGACGGCAGUGGGACAGACUGAGAUGGAUGUAGCGGGAUGGAGGCUUGGUAGGCAGAUGUUGGUCAGUAUUUUGUCUCUGCAGACGCCAAACUGGACAAAUACUGUGACAAUUGAACUGCCAGUUGCAGGCGCCUCUAUUACUCCGGUACUGUGGGGUGCUGGACCAUGGGGGUUGGUUAACGGGACUCUAAGUAAAGUUGGUGGGACUGGGUUAAGCACUGACUUGAUCAUUGUGCAGCUUGCGUCUAAGAAGGACACUGAUGGUGUACGUGGAAUCGAAGAUGGCGGUGGACUAUGA